GAGAGGCAAAAAGAUGGAAAAGAGGCGAAAAGGAGAUAAUGUGUAUAGUUGAGUUUGACCGUCAGUGGAGCUGAAGUACGAUGUCGAGCUAGGGUUUCUCCCCUCUUUUAACUGCCUUUUAAUGGUGUUAUUAUCUGUCUUCUUCAAACCUGCCCGGACUCCUCACUCUCAUCCACAAAAGCACACACGGACGGAGAGUUGAGAGAAUGCAGGAAAAUGCAGCUCACUAAUCCUCGCGACCUCUCUCUUCCCAGUGUUCCCACUCCCUGAAGAGCCUCAGGAACUUGGUCUCUUUCCAUUUCUUGAAAGAGUCUCUUCUUCUUCUUCUUGUUCAUUUUCUUGAAACCAUGCAAGUGCACAGAACCCUCCUGGUUGCGCUCACCAUUAUCGCCUCAUUCUUGCUCCCCGUGACGGAGCAAGACCUUGCUUCGGACAGGAAUGCGCUUCUUGCCCUGAGAUCCUCGCUCGGUGGCCGGACGCUCCUCUGGGACGCGAACCAGCAAAGCCCCUGUUCUUGGGCAGGCGUCCAAUGCGAGUCCGGCCGAGUUACGUCUCUUCGCUUUCCCGGAGCUUCGCUCUCUGGUCGAAUCCCGGUCGGCAUUCUCGGCAAUUUGACUCAGCUCAGGACUCUCUCGCUCCGGCUCAACGCGCUCGCUGGCCAAAUCCCUGCAGAUCUCGCUUCUUGCACCAGCUUGCGCAACCUGUACUUGCAAGGUAAUCGGUUCUCUGGCCCGAUCCCCGAGUCUCUGUUGGGUCUACGCCAGCUCGUGAGGCUCAAUCUUGCCUCCAACAAUCUCUCUGGGGGAAUUUCUCAGGGUUUCAGCAACUUGACUAGGCUCAGGACUCUGUUCCUCGAGCACAAUUUGCUCUCUGGGUCGAUUCCUGCUGAGCUGAGCCUGCCAAAGCUCCAGCAGUUCAAUGUUUCAAAUAAUUUGCUUAAUGGAUCAAUUCCUGAUGGUUUACACAAGUUUAGUUCGGCUUCCUUUCUGGGUAAUUCAUUAUGUGGAAAACCACUUGUUUCAUGCCCGAAAGAUGUCCCAUUGCCUAGUAUUGGACCUAGCGGGGGUGAGAGUGGUGAAGAAGGCAAAAGGAAGAAGCUUUCUGGCUCUGCUGUCGCCGGCAUUGCCAUCGGUUGCGUGUUUGGUUUCAUAUUCAUUGUCAUAUUGGUGAUAUUCUUGUGCCGCAAGAGAGGUAGCAAGAGGACAAGGUCGAUUGACAUGGCCGUGCUCAAGCAACAAGAGAUGGUGCUUCAGGGCGAAAAGGCAUAUGGUGAUGCUGAUAUUGGCGAGUUUAAUGGCGAAUAUUCUGUGGCGGCUGCUGCUGCUGCUGCAAUGACUGUACCGACCGGAAGGAAAGAAGCAAAUGGUGGCGGGGCAAAGAAACUUGUUUUCUUUGGGAAAACGGCAAAGACCUUUGAUUUGGAGGACUUGCUGAGGGCAUCGGCCGAAGUCUUGGGGAAAGGGAUGUUCGGGACGGCUUACAAGGCGGUCCUGGAGAUGGGAAAUAUGGUUGCGGUAAAGAGGCUUAAGGAUGUGAACAUUUCAGUGGGCGAAUUCAAGGAAAAGAUUGAAGCCGUGGGAGCGAUGGAUCACGAGAAUUUAGUGCCUCUACGGGCUUACUAUUACAGCAACGACGAGAAGCUUCUGGUCUACGAUUACAUGCCCAUGGGAAGCCUAUCUGCUCUAUUACAUGGAAACAGAGGGGCAGGAAGAACUCCAUUGAAUUGGGAAUUACGCUCCAGCAUUGCCCUAGGAGUUGCCUGUGGCAUUGAAUACCUUCAUUCUCAAGGACCUUAUGUAUCUCACGGAAACAUUAAAUCAUCUAACAUUCUCCUAACCAAAUCCUACAAUGCUCGCCUCUCAGAUUUUGGCCUGGCUCACAUUGUCGGCCCCUCAGUGGCUCCCACCCGUGUCGCUGGCUAUCGUGCACCAGAAGUCACGGACCCUCGCAGAGUAUCCCAGAAGGCUGAUGUCUAUAGCUUCGGUGUGCUGCUCUUGGAGCUUUUAACUGGGAAAGCCCCUGCCAAUUCUGUCUUAAACGAGGAAGGCAUCGACCUUCCAAGAUGGGUUCAGUCGGUGGUUCGCGAGGAAUGGAGCUCGGAGGUUUUUGAUCUUGAGCUCCUAAGGUACCAGAACGUGGAGGAGGAGAUGGUCGACCUCCUGCAGCUGGCUAUGGAUUGUGCGGCUCAGUUUCCUGAUCAGCGCCCUUCCAUGCCGGACGUGAGGAGGAGAAUCGACGAGUUGUCUCGGCGUAGCUUGCCCGAUCAGGUCGAUGAUGUGGAGGUCGUGUCUUCUCAGUGAAUCGCUCAGGUCUCACCACUGCCAGCAAACCGUGAUGUAUGGUCUUAAUGCCCCCUGAUUAGCAUGUCAAUAGUUUCUUCUUAGGUUGUAAGAAGAAGUCGAUCUUUACGCCUGCAUUUUCUUGAGAAGGAAAAUUACAUCUCCCCUAAUUCACCUCAGGCAUAGUCUACUGUUUUUUCGGUGCUUCACUUGUGGGAUGUAUCAUGGAUCUUGUAAUUAUGACUUCCGCUUUUGCUUCUGAUGCAAAUCCUUUUCAAACCUUUUUCUUUCA